AGUAGUUCUGGAGUUUCGUUCGGGUCGUCGUCGUCGUCGUAUGUUCGUUCGUUCGCUCGCUCGCUCGCUUGCCAGCUACAGUCCUGCUGAAAAGAGUGUUUCAAAACAUGGCGACAACAGUUUAAAAAGAAGUAGAAAAACAAAGUGCAACUCUUGCAGUAAAACCGGUCGGUUAUCAAAAUACUAACGUUCAACAACAGAACGAACGGCUUAAGCCGCGUUUCCGGGUCCGGUAUCUGUACGUGUGCCUGCUGGAAACCUAUUUUUUCUUCUCUUCCGGUGAGAGCAGCCGCUGCCCGAGAAGAAGCAGAAGACAAGGGAGACAAAUCCAAGAAAAAGAAGAGUUUCUUUGCGGGAUCUGUUUUUCACUCCAGUCUAAUGUGUGUUUGUCGUUCCUCGCCCAUUGGAGCAGCCAAGCAAAGGAUUUCCGAAUAACGAGAAUUGCGGUCGAUCUCAUCGUCGGUUGUCAUGUGCGUGAAAAAUAGUUCGAUUUUCUGGCUGCAGCCCUAAUCGGUCCCGGUUAAGCUGCCUCUCUGGAACGCAGAUUUCAUAUACCAGCUGCGGGAAGGCAAGAUAACUGGGCGUGUGGUGCGGAAUACAGCCAUUGAAAAAAAAAAAAUAAAGUUCAGCGGUGAAGAAAUUGGUGUCAAAUUAUGAGUUUUUGCUAAUCACAUUGUGGUUAUUACAGUUCGGAAAGUGCAUGUAUCAAUUAAAAAAAAAGUGAAUGUGCUAGCACUGUAGUGAUAGUUAUCCGACAGGAGGUCCACUCCUUCGCAUCCGUUUGAAAUUAUUCCGGAAAAUCCUUCUACCCGCCCGCCCGUUCCUAGGAGUUUGUCAAUCCAGACGAGAAAAACUCCCAAGAAUUCAUCUUCCAUUUUUCCAUACCUUCGAAAGACGAACAACAGCUGCACUCAUACAACCUCAUUUUACUCAGCUCUAGAAAAGCGAAAAGUUGCAUCGCAGUGUGUACCUUUCCGUAGGUACAAGCAGCAGAGCAUAGAAAACACAAAUUUACACAAAGGGAAUUUUCGUUCAGCAACAACAGCGAAAAGGAGCAAAAUCUCUCCCUCGCCUCGCCACUUUUCUGAUCCCGCAUAUCGAAAUCCGGCCUCCGCCCUGAACUCAAUUCAGUUCUCUCUUCUCUUGCGUACAGCCGAUCAUCGAAAAACUAUCCUCUCCUAGUCCCUUGUUGUUUCCCGUUGUUUUGAUGUAAGGAACCUGUCCGGAGCAGGGACACCCCGAAAAUUGAAAAAAAAAAACGAAAAAGGGACGCACGAUUCGGCUGUCAAAACCCGAAAAUAGUUUGUUGUCACUGCUGUUGCCAUAUUUCGGCGCCGGACGAAAGGAACAGCUUUGCGAAAAAAAAACGCAAAACGUAAAAGCAGAAUUUUGGUUGUGCAGAGCGCACAAGGGAACGAAUAGUAGGGAAGUGAGCGUAAACGAAACAAGUCGGAAAGAAGGGAAGUCAGCGUGGCAGCGACAACGAUUAAAGUACCCCCGUCAGCAGCAGCCGCAGCGCCUACAGUCGACACAGCUGCGAGAAAUAUGUGCGAACAAAGCAUAAUAGGUGCCCGCGCGUCGGUCAUGGUGUAUGACGAUAGCCAGAAAAAGUGGAUUCCAUCGGGCAGCUCGUCCGGUCUCAGCAAGGUGCAAAUUUUUCACCACCAGCAGAACAACACAUUCCGAGUGGUGGGUCGCAAGCUGCAGGACCACGAGGUUGUCAUCAACUGCUCGAUCAUCAAGGGCCUCAAGUAUAAUCAAGCGACAGCAACGUUCCACCAAUGGCGGGAUUCAAAGUUCGUGUACGGAUUGAACUUUUCCAGCCAGCAAGAUGCGGAAGCGUUUGCCCGGGCCAUGAUGCACGCGCUAGAGGUACUGAGUGGCCGCGUUCCUCCACCGACGAUGCAAACAAAUCCAAAUCAAAAUCAGUUGGCGUAUGAAGAGGACAUGGGCUAUCGCACCAUGACCCGGGAGGAUGCGGCAAUAAUGCAACAGCAGCAACAGCUUACGGGUCAACAAGUGCCACCACAACCUCCCGGAAUACCGGGUGUUGGUCCACCGGGAAUUCUUUCGCCUCAAACACCAACCUCACAAGGUAUCCUACCUGGAGGGCAAAUCAUUGGUGUUGGAGCAGGAAUCGGUGGUGUGCCCAAUGCCAUGUUAAACCAACAGCAGCAGCAGCAACAGCAACAACAACAACAACAACAACAGCAGCAGCAGCAACAACAAACCCAUCAUCGCACUAACAGUGCACCUCCGGUUCCUCAACCGCCAGUUCUUCCGACACCACAGAAACCUAUUUAUGCAUCACAGCAAAGCAACACCAGCACAAACAGUAUUACUUAUGGAAGCAAUUCGCAACCACAAUAUCAGCAACCAAUUUAUGUAGCAUCGAAUCAAAAUCAGUUGAUUAAUCAGAUGGCCUCGCAAAUUCCAACGCCACCGAUGCCGAAUGGCGCAAUCUACGCCACGGCAACCAGCUCGCCCAACACGAGCAGUAACGGAAACCCGAUCUACGCCGGACAGCAGCUAAUGAUAAUGCCUGCGGUACAGACAAACAGCUAUGGACAAACAAAUGGCACUUACGGUGUACAGCCCCCGUACGGUGCAGCUCCGGUUCCACAGAUGCCAAUGCAACAGAUUCAGCAGCCAGCGCCUCAACUACAGCAGCAGGUGAGCACCCCACCGCAAGCACCACCUCCACCGAUGCCACCAGCAUUUCCACUUUCGGCGCCAUCCAAUGUUCCUCAGCCACCAGCACCACCGAUUCCACCGGCGAAUGCCGGAGCUCCACCUCCGCCACCACCACCGCCAGGGGCCGGUCUUCUCGGCGCAAAAGGAUCGGACGGUGGAAUUAAUUCUCUCGCACUGCAGCUCGCCAAUGCCAAGUUAAAACGGAGUCAACCGCCGAAGUCAAUCACUCCGGCGCCACCGGUUUCCACCGUCACGGAGAACAGCGGUAGCAGCACCUCUAGCGGAGGUAGUGGUAAUUAUGGAACCAUAGGACGGUCUUCUUCAGGUAUGGCAUCAAUGAUGGAUGAGAUGGCAAAAACGCUAGCGCGACGACGAGCACAGGCAGAAAAGAAGGAGCCGGACUCCAACGACGAUGCCCAGUCUCAGUCUUCGACACGCCAGCGAGCCUGGGAAAAGUCAAGUACGCUUCCGCAUAAGCUAGGCAGCAGUAAUCAAGCCAACGCCAACAGUAGCAACCUGAGUGGUUCCGAAUCGCCAAAGCCAUCGCGGAAGCGAUUCGGUAGUGCCAGCGAAGAAACGAUACUCAAGCAAAUCAAUGGUGACAGUUUUUCGCUUCCCAGCUCGGUGGAGCUGGAGAACUUCAAGGAGGAACUAAUGCGAGAGAUGCGAAGUGAAAUUGCCAAGGCGAAACAAGAAAUUAUAGAAGCUAUUAAAUCUGAAUUCAACCGGAGGUAAAAAUAUUGCGACUACGGUAUCGUGUAACACUGCGCGUACUGAUUAUUUGUGAAGGCUGGAUAGAAAUAUUAACGCUAGAGUCCGGAACGUCACGAUUGGGGUUAGACCUUGGGUUAGAGGGUCAUGGGACGCUUUUGAAACACAAAUUAACCCAACCGGUAUUUGCCGAGUUACGUUGUAUAAUGCGUACCCGGCCGUGGGUUAGCUUUUUAUAGGUUCUAGACUAACGGACGGGUAUACGUGCACCCCGCCCUAAGAUUUACACCCUCUUUUUUAUUCAUGAUUCCAUAUGUGGUGCAUAGCAAUAGAAUUAGACGAAGCGAUCAAUGGUUGAGCAUGAAGAAAAGGUUUAUAUAUGGAAGUAUAUAUGAAAUUACAAAUUUGAACAAUUGAUAAAUAUACAGCUACGUUAGAAGCACCAACUACCGAAUAUUAUUGAAGAAAAAAACAGCAAUUACACUUUCAUUGGGUAGAAAACAACAAGGGGAAUAUUAUCAGCAACAACAAUAACACAACAGCAAAUACUAAACGACUUAUCAUCAACAAUAUAACUUAUCCGGAUAGAAGACUUCAAUUAAGGCUUUUAACCUGCGAGGAACGAAACCCGUAUAGAUAACAUUGAAAGUAUGGUACAUUUUUUAUUCGACGUCUAUAAAAAAGCAAACCCUUUCAUAAAAGACGACAGGCGGAGUUAGUUAAAGUCGGUUACAAUAAUCUCGUCAUAGAAUAAAAGAAAUCAAUACAAUUUACCCCGCGUUCAACGAGAAUCAGAAAACGGCAUACGAAGCGGCAAAGGACAAAAAUCAUACUGAACAGAAGCAUCGUAUUUCACUCCAUAAAACCGAAUAGAGCAACUGGAAAAUAAACACAUUGACCAUUAAUAUUUAAUCUAAAAAAAGGAAAGCUAAAGUAUCUAGUUGUACGACGUGAAAACAUUAACAGUUGGGGAAAAAUACAAAAAAAAACUCUAAAUUCAAGAGCUCGGUAACUCUGAUCGAUGUUUUAUGAUUUGUUUAUCGUUUAGUUUUUCGACUUGCUGCAUUACUAAUCUAACCUUCAUUAGCAAGUGUAACGCGUGUAAUUGUUGUUAAUCGAAAGAGGGCGCCUGAAGGGUCCUUUAAGUAACUAUCGGAUGAAACGAGAGGAACGUUAUGGAGCCUGUUGCAGAGGAAGAAGAAAUAAAAACUAAUUCGAAACCUAUUGGAUCGAAGAUAAAAACGCAUUACAAAAUAGCAACACACAGCCAUUUUUACACGUAGAAAGGUCAAACUAUCAUAAAAGAAGCGGCUAUAAUCUAACCUAAGCGAAUAAUAUGACAUCAAAUUCUCAUACAUACAUACCUUACACAUUUACACAAGACGCUGACUGGAUCGGAACGCUGAUUCCACUCGUCUAGUGUGUUAUCUUCGCCGUUUUUAGCUGUCAAACGUAACCGGCAAUAGGAAUACAGGAAAAUCAAACGCAUGCAUUUAGUGUGUAAAUACUAAACUAUUAUUAUUAUAAUUAAUACGAACAAGCAAGCACGUACAAUGUGCACCUGUGGAACGAAACGGUAUAGUUUGAAGAAGCGGAAAUUUCGGCCAAUGAAAUGAUAACUCCUUGUAAAAAACGGUAUUUCCAUCAUUGAAUUUUAUCGUUCCUCGUUGUGGUAUUGAUUUUGGUUUUCAAUCUCAAUCUAUUAUCUGCUAAUUAUUUCCAUGGCGCAUUUUAAAAGCAUUUUACUGAUUUCGGAACGUUUUAAAUUUAACAUUCUAAGUUUGGCAAGUUUCAAACCGAAUGAAUGCAGCGCCCCUCAAAUUGCCGUCUACGAAGAUGUCAGCAUAUUCAGUAGAAUGUGUAGAAUAUUUUCCCCCAUUUGUACGCUUUCUAAAAAAGUCAUUGAAAAUUGCGACAGGAAAGUGUCAUAUUAUUUGAAAAGAUUUUUGUCAAAUGCCGUCAACCGAAAUGUCAAGAGAAGAGAUUAUCGAAAUGUCUAAACCUUAACUUUUGAUUUCUUCGUGCACGGACUGUCAUUACGCUGCACUGUCAUUACAUCCAUAUCAGCCUUGUGGAAUGCUUGAUAGAAACGUGAACUGGUCCUAUUUAUUGCUAAUCUAGAGCAGAACCAUCAGAGGCGAAGAACUGCAAGCAAAGCUAAUGAAAGUACUCCUGUAACAAAUUCGUCAGGCAUUUCUAUGUCAGGCAUUUCUUCGUAACCUUGUUACAAAUAUCUGCUCUAGACACCUUUUAUAUCGAAAUUAUACCUGAAAUAUCUUAGACGCUUCUGGGUGUAUGCAUAAUUGUGUUGAAAAAAGAGUACUGGAGAAGAAACGAGACAAAAAAAAAAAAAACAAAUAAAACCGUGAUGAAAACGCUGUAGACGGGAAUGCAAGUCUCAAAACACAGUAUUAAAGAAUACUAACUAUGACUAAAGUAAAUCAAAUCGGCACUUUGCUACGUAAAAAGCGCAUCACAUAUAGAACAGAGGCUUGCAUUGCCACUCAGCGCAUUGAAAGACCGAAAAGAGCGUUCUCAAAGAGUACGCUGUUUUUUGAACCGAACUGAAAUUGGCCAUGUAUCGAAACUACUUUCGUUAUAAUAGUUUAUGUGUAUAGGAUUUAACUUUAUCGCGCCUACUUUUAUCACUUUUGGAUAUACCCUGCUUAACUACUACUAACUAACUUAUAUUCUUUUGUGCUAUAGUGACAUACGUCCGGAUGCCAAAAAUUUAGUCAUUUUGUUUUGUGCUGAUGUUUGUAACCUGUCUUACUUUUAUUGCGCACUCUAAUCACAAUUUAAUGUGCUUUGUUCUUUUACGUUGCAAGGUGUUUAUGUAGUCUGUAUAUUUGAACAAAGCAUGUAUCAAAUUCCAAUGCUUUAACCUAUAAGCUUCCUACAAAAAAAGCUACAAGUGAAAUGUAAGAAAUAAUUAAAAUAUAUACCAAAUUGUAUUUGGACAAAAAAAAAACUCCAACAUGUGCGGAAGAAAUCAAAAUCUAAAAUUCUGAUUCGGGAGACAAACUGAGAGAUGAGCACCGGAGACAAAUUGUGAAUAACGGAUAUCUCUUAUAUAAUUUUGUGAUUUUAUGUUUACUAUUUUAUUUACAUUAUAAAUAUAUACAAGACAGAAAAAAAUAGACACAGAAAACGAAUAUGAAGUAGGAGAGUUCACUAACGAUUUACUACGUGAAACGAAACAGUGUUUUCCGGGAAACAAAAACAAGGUCGAUUGCAUCGGAAAGCAACAAAUAUUGUUACUAAUAAUAGCCUCGUCAGUGGAGAGGAAUACAUAAACACACACACACACAA